GUGGAGUCGAUGGUGUUGGUCUUAUUGACCACACAGGUCACCCAAGGGUUCUUAUCCAUUAUGACUUGGCCUGGAAAUUGAUUUGCAACAGCAGACAGCAUCAUGCCAGUAAAACAAAAUGAAUCAGCACUAUCGUUUUCCUCACACACACACUUAAUGUAUUUCAUCGGUAGCUAAUUGACCACUCAGGAAACACAAUCUUGGGAGGGUGGUCAGGGAUUGAAGAAAGCAUCACUUGUAAAAUACACAAUGACCUGUCAACAGCAUCUCUGAUACCCAUGCCUGUGUCUGUCUUCUGACAGAUAGUACUACUUAUAUUGUGAUGCAGAACAGUACAGUAUGUUUGUGGCACUCACCUAUGAGGUUUCUGUAGGGAAGCUGGUGCUCCCGCAGGUUCAUAUGUGCAAUGUGACACACUCGACUAAACCCUGAGUGAUAUCCUGUCCCUCUGGAAGCAGAGUGCACAGAACCUCCUCACUCUUCAAGUUAUCAUAGGUCAGCUGUAGCUUGUUGCAGCUGUAGCUCUUGAGGUACUCCAAAUGACCGCAACACCUCGGCCUCUGCGUCGCUGAAUGAGUUGGGUGAGGAGACACUGGCAGGGUCCAGCAGCAAGAGCCUGUCAUUAUCGCUGCCUUCGACCGCCAAACACGCUUUAACAUGCCUGGCGCUGGAGGGCUGGGACAACAACUGUCUGGGCAAAGGCUUCUUUAUCCAAACAAGUCAGACAUCGGACCUCUGUAUAGGCUGGGCUCCAUCGCACUGUAUUGUUGCUGCACAGGCAUCUGAUUCUGGAACUCACAGGACAAGUUGAUGCUCGGGACCGCAGAACACUGGGUCCGGUAUCGAUAGCGGGAUUGCAAGCUGUUUUACAUUGGUAGUAGUGAGAAUAUUCUAGGAAUAAUCCUGCAAUGACAAAUCGUAGAAGAGGUCUCUUUGACAUAUUACCUGUCCUAAGCAUCUACAUUAGGACAAUGAAAAGUGGAUAAUUGACACACAACACUGAACGAUAAUUGUUUGAUAUUGCAUGGAAAGAUUACUUUAUUCAGUACCAAUGUAAACAUUGAAACGCAUUCAUCACCUCAACAUCGGCUCUGCAUAACGCGCACAUGUUUUAUGUCAUCAUUAGUGGACUUCUUUGCAGCCACAUGAUUCGUCAGAUGGAACUGUCGAUCUCUGAUUUGAUAAAAAUGUUGUGCGACCUAUAAAGGCGACGAAUACAUGCGGAAGCGUUUUCAUGUCAUAUGACCAUCUCAAAUCAACUGAGAAGUUGCAAACACAGCUAGAACGUUUAAUAGUGGAGCAUAUUUUGUUGUUUAAAGGAAGCGUUUGCCGUGAACAGCCACCACAAACUGCACAGAUGAGGUAUCUAUUGUAUUGGUUGUUGAAAGUAACAUUAUACUAACGCCUUGCUCUUGGGUAAAUCACCUGGAGACAUGAGUAUCAAUGGAGAAGGCACCACCGUCCACUCUGACCAUUGGGCCGCUGCGGAUGACAUGGGCUGCGAGACCAACCCUCUCCUGGGAAAUAGAGCAGAGGAGCCAAGGGCUAAAGGGGCCUCCUUUACCUCCUCGGUCUUCAACCUGAUGAAUGCCAUCAUGGGCAGUGGCAUCCUGGGCCUGGCCUACGCUAUGGCCAACACAGGCAUAGUGGGCUUUUGUAUCCUCUUGCUGCUAGUGUCCAGUCUGGCAGCUUACUCUAUACACCUCCUACUGAAGCUGUGUGAUCAAACCGGUAUCACCUCAUAUGAAGACCUAGGAGGCAGAGCCUUGCAGAAGCCAGGCAAAGUUCUUGUUGGAGUCAGUAUUCUCAUCCAAAACAUUGGAGCCAUGUCGUCAUACAUGUUCAUCUUGAAAACAGAGCUUCCUGCAGCCAUUGCCAGCUUCCUGAGCCCAGAGACCUCUGGGGGGGCCUGGUAUGAAGAUGGCAAAACGUUGCUGAUUCUGAUGACUGUGUGUGUGGUUCUACCUCUGGCUCUGCUGCCCAAGAUUGGUUUCUUGGGCUACACCAGUAGCCUUGCAUUCCUCUUCAUUCUCUUCUUUACAGUUGUGGUUGUGGUCAAGAAAUCGGCCAUCCCUUGCCCCCUCCCAAGCAAUGUGACCCUGAGCAUCAACCAGGUAUCCAAUUCCUCGGAAUCGGAAUGUACGCCCAAACUCUUUGUCAUCUCCAGUAAGAGUGCUUACACCAUCCCCACCCUGGCUUUCUCCUUCCUCUGCCACACUGCCGUGUUGCCCAUCUACAGUGAGAUGGACCGGCCCAGUAAGAAGAGGAUGCAGAAUGUGACCAAUGUUAGCAUCUCUCUGAGCUUCCUGCUCUACCUGAUCUCUGCUUUGUUUGGCUACCUCACCUUCUACAGCCAUGUAGACUCAGAGCUCUUGAUAAGCUACGACACGUACCUGCCGCGUGAUGUCUUGGUGAUGGCUGUGCGUCUGGCCAUCCUGCUGGCUGUGCUGCUUACUGUACCCCUCAUCCAUUUCCCUGCCCGGAAGGCAAUGUCAGUGCUGUUUUGUGGAGAUAGGCCUCUCUCCUGGGUGUAUCAUAUCUUCUCCACUCUCCUGAUCCUGACUGUGGUGAUGCUGCUGGCCAUCCUUGUCCCUGACAUCAGGAAUGUGUUCGGGGUUGUGGGCUCGACCACGUCGACCUGCCUGUUGUUUGUGUUCCCGGGGAUCUUCUACCUCCGGCUCAGCAACCAGCCGCUCAAGUCUCUGGAGUCUGUGGGGGCUGUAUGUCUGCUGAUCUUCGGCCUGUUUGUGGGACUGCUCAGUCUGUGUGUCAUCGUGGUCACCUGGGCACAGAACCCCUGAACAGGACCGCAGAACUAGACCACCCACAGCUCUGCUCCAUAGAGCCUAAAGGGAGAAUUAUGCCAAAGAAAUACUAUUAGGCAGCACAACAGAACUCCAUGACCACAAAAGACUGUGACCACAACACAGGUCAGUGGCAUGACCACAAGAUCACUGCAUCACUUCACCCAGACUCUGAAAGCAUUCGACUGCCCACCACCCCCAUACAAUCAGUGCUGCUCUUGUGUUUUUAUGUUUAAUUGUACCUUUUAGCUAUGGUGCUUCUAAAGCUCCAGAGUUGCCUUUUUUACUUCUGGACAAUGUGUACACUUGACAAUAAAUCUUGAAUGUGGGAUGACG